CCUCAGGGUUCCGUUCUUGUCGCUUCGGAACACAAAGCUUUACAGACCAAAAAUGGCUUCCAUCUCUGCCGUAUUAUCGCCAACGAAUCUCAUCCACAGUUCCAUAAAACCCGCCGAAAUCCUUCUCACAUCAGUCUCAUUUCACCGCCGUCGUACCCAUACCUUCCUCCGCCUAUCUCCCGGUCGCCCCACGAGACUCUUCGCGGCGCUUACUGCUCAGGAUUCCAGUUCAGUGGCGGAAAGGAAAUUGUACGUCGGGAAUAUACCUAGAAAUGUGGAUAAUGAGGAGCUCAAGCGGAUUGUUGAAGAACAUGGGGCUGUGGAGAAGGCUGAGGUCAUGUAUGACAAAUACUCUGGAAGAAGCCGCAGGUUUGCCUUUGUUACCAUGAAAACGGUUGACGACGCAAAUGCAGCAAUUGAGAAACUGAAUGAGACGGACGUUGGGGGACGUACAAUUAAAGUCAAUAUAACCGAAAAACCUGUGGUAAAUACGGUUGAUAUGUCACUUCUUGAGGCAGAGGAAUCCCAAUUCAUCGACAGUCCCCACAAAGUAUAUGUAGGAAACAUUUCGAGUACUGUCUCUACUGAAACACUCAAAAACUUCUUCUCUGAGAAGGGUAAAGUUCUCAGUGCAAAGGUUUCACGGGUUCCCGGUACAUCGAAAGCAAGUGGCUACGGUUUUGUUACCUUUUCUUCCGAGGAGGAAGUCGAAGCUGCCAUUUCAUCUUUUAACAAUGCUUUGUUGGAAGGUCAACCAAUUCGUGUAAACAAGGCAUAGUUUUGUAGGAUUCUUUGUAACAAAAGGUAUGCAAAUUUCGCUUUUUACCUCUUGGCAUGAAUUAAUGAACAGCAGAGGUCAGAUUUUUCUCUCAAUUUCUCUGUAUUGAUCAUUAAUGUAUAAUCUUGUUUAUUUUUCUGUUUAAGAUUUGACUAUUUGCAAAUCUUUACUUGUUCCUCAAAUUCCACGUUUGACUGUUCAACUAUUUGCA